AUGGCAGUGAAAUGUACUAUUUAUAGAGUGACAGCUUUUUCUUUUACCCUUGGUGCUAUAUCAUUAGGGUUAUUAGCCCUGGCAGUGAGUACAGAUGCUUGGUUGUAUAUGUCUACGGCUAUUCAGAUCUCUCCAGAAGUUCGUCGACAAUUUAAUAUCACUGGAAAUAUCAUUAUACACAUGAGAUCAGGAUUAUGGAGAGUUUGUACUGUGAAUGUGGCAAAUGGUAAGUUAAUAUUCUUUAAUGAACAUAUGGAAAUACAAGGUAUCUUUCUUCUUCAAAAAGGCAAUAUUGUUGUCUUAAGUGCUAUACGAGUUGCUGCUCCUCUACCAGUAUGUGCUUUAAUUCUUUGUGUUAUAUCCGCUAUAUUUCAUUCUGUGGGCAGUAUACAUGGCGACAGAAAAAUAUUAUUUGCUGCAGGAUUUUACAUUUUAUCAGGUUUAUCAUUAGCAGUUGGUAUAGUUCUAUAUAUUUCUGCUAUAAACGAUGAAGUUGGACUUAUAUCUAAAAAAGAAAGAGACCAUUUUGUGUAUUAUUACGGUUGGUCGUUUUAUACCGCGGGAAUAGCCUUUAUAACUUCUGAAAUGGCAGCAGUUGUGUGUGUUAAUUUAUUCCUACAAAAAUAUACCAAACUUCAGGAUUUAGAAGAUCUAAUUCCGGGUUUACAAUUACAGGUCCGGUUUUCUAAGAAAAAUUAUUACGCUGGAAUAAACCAAACUUUGAUAUUAUGA